AUGAAAAAAGAAAUUAUUGUUGACGUAAAAUCGAAUCCUCGCACACAUACCAAUGGUGAUAAAGACAUAAUUAGGGAGAAACAAAAAAAACUAAAAAAGAAGAAUGAAAACGUAAAGGUAAGUAUAAAUGCAAAUGCAAAUGCAAAUGUGAAUGUAGAGAAUAGAAAAAAUGUGGAAAAUAGAAAAUGUAUAAAAAAUAUAAAAUCCAUAAAAAAUAUAAAAAAUGCAAAACACAUAAAAAAUAUAAAAUCUAUAAAAUAUUAUGAUGAUAGAAAAAAAGAAGAGAAAACUUAUCAAACGAAAAAUACGAAUAACAAUAUACAAUUCGGAAAUAGACUAGUCAGAAUAACAUUUAGUAGCGAUAAAAAAAAAAGGAAGGAAUUGAUCAAAAAAAAAAAAAUGAAUAUAUUGAUGAAACAAAAAAAAAAAAAAAGAAAAGAAUUUGAAGAAAAAAAAAAACUUAUAAAUAAAUUAACAAAUAUAUUAAAUGUUGAAAAAGAAAAAGGAAACUAUUAUUUCUUACCCAAAUGUUUAAAAAAAAAAAAAAUAUCCAAAUUAAAAAAAAUAAUUAUAUUAGAAAAGAAAAUUAAAAAUGAUAUAUAUCAAGAACUAUUAAAACAAAAAGAAAAUAUCAAUUCUAUAAAUGAUCAUCACACUGGUAUCUAUUUACAACUUAUUCAAAAUAAAAGGAAAUGGAUACUGAAAAAUAAAAAAGUAAAAAAAAUAAUAAUAACAAAUAAUAGCAAUAAUAACAAUAAUAAUGAUAAUAACAAUAAUAAUGAUAAUAACAAUAAUGAUAAUAAUAACAACAAUAAUAAUAAUAUUAAAUUCGCUAGCAAUUUUUUAAAAAAACUAGCCAAAACGGAAAAUGUGCUAAAUGGUGAGUUACCUGACGUUCAGGUGAAAAAUUUAAAAAAAUUUAUACACACAUGGGCAAAUAAAUAUGCAACAGGUUUGAGAAAAGGAAAGAAAUAUGGUAGAAAGAGGGAUAUAAGACAAUUGAUAAAUGUUGCAAAAAAAAUAGAAAAGUACUCUGAUCAAAAUGAUAACCUUCAUUUGAAAGAUAAAAGAGUUUCUUCGAAAAAUAAUAUUUGUUCUGUUGAAAAUUUUGAUAAGAAUAAUGUUGUUAAUGUAAAAGAAAAAAAAAAAAAAAAUAGUGAUACCAUAGAAAGGAACGAGCAUAAUAUAUGCAACCAUAACAACAAUAAUAAUAAUAACAAUAAUAAUAAUAACAACCAUAAUAAUAACAAUAAUAAUAAUAACAACCAUAAUAAUAACAAUAAUAAUAACAAUGGUGAUAAUAAGAAUAACAAUAUUAUUGAUGUAAAUCAUAUAUUAAAGGACGAAAUGCUUAAAAAUGAAAAAAUUUUAAAUUACAUACAAGUGAGCAGAGUCGAAAAAAAAAUUUAUAUCAAUGAUUAUGUUGAUCAUGAAAUAACUGUUAAAUUAAAUACUAUGGUUAAAGAGUUUUUAAAAAAAAUUUCUGUUUCGCAUGAAAAAUUGUUAUUGCUAAAAAAGAAAAAAAGAUAUUUCUUAGGAUUAAAAGAAUGCUAUAAACAUAUAUGUAUAGAUGAACCAAAAAUAGUAUUUAUUGCUCCGAAUAUUGAACCAUCACUAAAUAAUAUUUUCGAUGAUACGUUAGGGAAAAUAAUUGCUAAAUGUAAAGAAAAAAAUAUACCUAUAGUUUUUGCUUUAAGCAAAAAUUUGUUAGGAAAAUGUAUAAAUAAAUCUAGACAGUCAAUUAUUUGUAUAAUUGAUAACGAUUCUUAUAUAAAAGAAUGUAAUGAUAUAAUUAAUCUUGCUAAUUCUUUAAAAUUAUGUAAAUGA